CAGUGGAUCAUGGAUCAACAGAAAGAGCCUAAGAUGUCGGCUCGGUCAUGUUAUCAGCUGUGUCCAAUCACAGCUGAUCAUAUGGAACAUGUGCACUGAUCAUCAGGGGACUGAUGAUCAGUGUGCUCUGAUAAUCUGUGUAGCCCCAGCAGUGCCACCUGUUAGUGUCAUCAAUGCCACAUGUCAGUGCCCAUCUGAGCUGCCUAUCAGUGCCAGUCAGUGCCACCUAUCAAUAUCAGUCAGUGCUACCUAUCAGUGCUGCCAAUCAGUGCCAGUCAGUUCCACCUAUCAGUGCGCAUCAGUGCCGCCUAUCAUUGCCCGUCAGUGCUGCCUAUCAGUGCCAGCCAGUGCCACCUAUCAGUGCCAUUCAGUG